AUAUGUUCGCUUCAUGCGGCUGACGCAACGCCCUCAGCCGGCUCAUGUGGUCUGGACACAAUGUGACUUUAGAAGCCGCUAACACGCCAUAUUUUGACCCAAAAUGGCGGCGGGUUUCACUCUGUUCCUUCUGUCUGGGAUGCUGAUGUGUGGGCAGCUGCUCCACAAAGUGUCCCAACAUGGUGCCAGUAAGAAGCCCAAUUUCAUCAUCAUACUGGCGGAUGAUAUAGGGUGGGGGGACCUGGAUGCAAACCAGUCUGAUGAGAAGAGAAACAACACGCCUCACCUUAACCAGAUGGCCGAGCAAGGACAGAGAUUGACAGAUUUCCAUUCCCCGGCCUCCACCUGCUCCCCGUCCCGUGCUGCCAUCCUGACCGGACGCUACGGCCUGAGGAACGGCGUGACUCAUAACUUCGCUGUAGAAUCAGUGGCCGGCCUGCCUCUCUCUGAAGUCACCCUGCCACAGCUCCUACAGAAGGAGGGAUAUUACACCGCCAUGAUCGGGAAGUGGCAUCUCGGCCACAAUGGACCAUAUGCCCCGACUAACAGAGGUUUUGAAUACUACCUGGGCAUUCCCUACAGUAAUGACAUGGGCUGUACUGACAUACCUGGAUAUAAUCUGCCACAGUGUCCUCCCUGUGGCUCUGCUGCACCUCACGUCAUCAGGUGUAAGAGAAGUGCACAUGGAGGCUGUUAUUCCAGAGUUGGCCUUCCUCUGAUUGAAAACAGCAGUAUUGUGCAGCAGCCGCUGGACCUGUGGACGCUAACAGAGCAAUACAAAUCUGCUGCAACCAGGAUUAUACGCAGUGCAAGGGAGCGAGGACAGCCCUACCUUCUCUACAUAGCGUUGGCCCACAUGCAUGUUCCCCUCGCCCCUCCGCUCCACUCGGAUGUGGGCAGAGUGUACGCUGCCAGCCUGCAGGAGAUGGACGGCCUGGUGGGGGAGGUAAAGAGCGCCUCCGAUGACACGGACAAAGACAACACUCUCAUCUGGUUUACUGGUGACAAUGGUCCUUGGGAACAGAAGUGCCAGUACGCAGGAUGUGUAGGACCCUUUAUGGGGAAGUGGCAGACCAGCAGAGGUGGAGGAUCAGCUAAAAGGACCACCUGGGAGGGGGGUCACAGGGUGCCGACUGUGGCUUACUGGCCCGGGAGGAUCCCUGCGAACACCACCAGCUCCGCCCUGCUCAGCGGUAUGGACAUCUUCCCCACCCUUCUGUCCCUGGCAGGAGUCACUCCCCCCUCAGACCGACGUUACGACGGCAUCGAUGCCACAGAUAUCCUGCUGCACCGUGAACAGACCGGUCAUGAGUUUCUCUUCCACCCUAACAGUGGAGCUGCGGGGGAGAUUGGUGACCUGCAGACAGUUCGAUCAGGGAAACACAAAGCUUUCUACAUCACAGGUGCAGCUGAGGCGUGUGGGGGGGCCACAGGACGAGAGCAGCUCCACGACCCGCCCCUGAUAUUUGAUCUGGAGCGCGACGAGUCUGAGGAAACGCCUCUACGUACGGAAACACUGGAAUACCAGGCGGUGGCGGAGAGGAUCGCCCGCAGGAGGGAGGAUCUGCUGUGGGACAUUGCCGAUGACAAGUCAGUGUCCACAGCCGACUACAGCACAGACGCAGCAGCGGCGCCCUGCUGUGACCCUGAACACGCCGUCUGCCGCUGCCACACACCCAGCUGAGGGGGGAGAGUUUCAUCUGAUACAGGAUUUAAGUCUUACAGAGGCCCUGUUGCCGUUUCCUGUAGUGUGUUAGGUUUGUGUGCAUGUAAAUGGUCUGCAAAUGCAAAAAUCCCUGUGUGACCUCCAGAGGAGUUUCUCUGCACACCUGUUUACUUCUGUAACAUAAUUACAUCACUACGUAACAUUAGUGCUUCUAUUGGCUAGCGCUCCAACACGCUGUAUGUGAUACAUGGCUAAGGGGCGGGACAUCUCUAAGGAGUGGACCAAUCACAACAGAGCCAGCCAGUUAACCAAUCAGAGCAGACUGGGCUAUAGUUUGAGGCAGUAUGAGAAAAAUAAAGAGCUUUUUGAGCAUUAAAGCAUGGAGACAUGUGACAGUAGUGGCUAAAUACAAAUAUGAACCUGCUUUUAGCCCUUAAAGAUCAUUUACAUGCACAAAAACCUAUAUAACACACUGCAGGAAACAGAAAACUCAAAAAAGCAUAACAGAACCCCUUUAAGAUAUUUGAGUUUGGGUAAACGUCAAGGACUUAACAGGCGCAGAAACAGAUAUCUAUGUCGGAUGUGAUCAGAUGUUUGUGUGCAGAAGCUGUUUUUUUGGGAGGUUCAAUGUCCACAUGCAGCGAGCGGGGCAUGUUCUGACAAGCAGUAGCCUACAGAGAUUUGCUGCCGGCUGAACUUUGAACAGUUUGUGUUUAAGGUCAAUAAUUCAGGAAAAAUAAGAUCCAUCACACAGUAAAGACAAAGCAGCAAUGUGUAAAUACAAACAUUUCAGUGUUAUUUGUUAAUUAAACGUUGCUUUAUUAUUGUUUUGUUGGAUAAAUUGAUGAGAUUUUAUACAAGAUUUAAACACCAGCUACAUAAAUGAUGAUAUUUUUUAAAUAAAAGAACAAAACAAA